CAACAACACGACACUCCAGAGCUCUAUUUACCCAUUUUAUCAAAAGCCGAGAGUAUUGCGACUGGGUUUCUACUAUUGCCUCUCAAUACCUUUCUUUUCUUUGUCAUUUUGCCGCAUUGCCCCACCCCUCCCUCCUCGAACACCCCGCAACGCUCUCCCGCCUCACGAACAUCAGCGAAACGAAUGGAAGUUAGAAUUCAAGAUAAUAUUAUACUUGAUCAAAAUACCUACACACAUUCCGGAAGCCGUCAGACAUAUUCAAAGCACCGCACGCACAGUACGAGAGCGAACCUUGGAUAAUCUACCAGACAGCGUCGUUGUUGGAAGUCGAUAUCAUCCAAUAUGGCCUCGCAUGUGGUGGUAAUAGACACCACCCUUCGGAGAUGUACUGUUAAAGUCACGCCUGGCAAAUUUAUGACGGAGGUAUUGGAUGAAGCAUGUGGAAAAUGGGGCCUCAAAUCUAGCAACUAUGGUCUUAAGAACAACAACAAGCCCGUAGAUCUCUCAAGAACCUUCCGGCAAACAGGUCUUGCAUCUGGGGCAAAACUCGAACUCGUUCUUGCGUCGAAAUCACCCUCCGUAGUCUCCGUCGCCCUACAAGUACCAGAGUCACUAGGGGUCCCCGGUGGAAGGUUGAUGGACAAAUUUCCAAGUGAUACUACAUUAUGGCUUGUCCUUCGGAAGUUCGAAUCGAGUGAAGGGAGGAAUUUAAAUUUCACUGGUAGAGGAGUCACGGAAAUAGCGAAUGGAGCGUCUGGUGCUGGACGAGUCUUCUAUGAGAUGCCUAUUCUGAACGUCAUGGGUCGAGAACUAUCAACAUUUGGGGAUCUACAGAAGACGCUGGCCCAGCUUGGCUUUAAUGGAGGAAGUGUUUUAAUCAGACUCAAUUUUAAGAAGACGGAACAGCCUCUGGAGGAAGCUAUGGCGGAGAUUGGGCAGUAUUUCAAAGAAGAAGCAGCCGCAGCCGCGAACUCAGAUGUUGGAAAGUCUGAGGCUGCUCCAGUAGAAGGUGUGGAUACACUCAACAGCUCCGAAGGCAAAGACGUGGAUAUGCUUUCGCAAGAUACCACCUCCCAGUCAGGAUCCCAAAAUUUGACCCCUCAAUCAGAACCGGUAGAGGCUCCAUCGGAUCAACCUGUACCAGAGACUUCGUCACCUCAACAACCAGUUCUGGGUCCCAACGAACGACCCAUACAAAUCUAUUCCGCGCCAUCUUCAGACACGCCGAGGGCUGCUCUCGUACCACAUGAUGAAAUGGACUACGAACCCAGCAUUGCGCACGCCAAACAACACCAGGCACUCCUGCAAAAUAAUGCACAAAAUAAACGCCUAUUAUCCGACGCGGAGAUUGAACGACUUGAAAAUGAGAGAGCCGCAAAGCUGGCUACUACCAAGCAAGUGACUCUGAAGAUCCGUUUCCCGGAUCAAAGCAGUGUCGUCUCCACCUUCACAGCCGAUGAUACGCCCGCUCAGCUCUAUGACUAUGUUACAAGUCUUAUUGCAGCCGAGAACCAACCAUUCAAACUUGUGUACAAUGAAGGGAAGGGGCCGCAAGCCGUUCCGAGAGAUGGGACGAAGAAACUAAUCAAGGAUCUGGGAUUCAGGGGGCAGAUACUGAUAAAUUUCCUUUGGGAGGAUGGAGCAAGUGAAAGCGCCAGGAAGGAACCGGUAUUGAAAUCUCAAUACGCUCAGAAAGCGAAGGCCGUGCCUAUUCCGGAGCCCGCCGUCGCAGAUGGUCCGGAGGAAGAGGCAGAGCCAAGCGUCGAUAAAGGAAAGGGGAAGGAGACUACAGGUACGGGUGGAGAGGGCAAGAGUAAAGGAAUGCCAAAAUGGUUUAAGCUGGGGAAGAAAUGAGGCAAAAAUGGGUGAGUAGAUGUCAUUACGAGGCUAUAAAGGGUUCGGCCGUGGAGGAUGGCUCUUGUUUUGCAUUUUCGGAACGGAGUUCAUAGCGAGGAGUUUUUGCCCCUGGGAUUUACCCACUGUAGAAGAUUGUCCAUCGGUUCAAACUGAGGAGCGGA